AUGGGUCGUUUAUUGAGGUUUGCGAUUGUUUUGUUACUAGCAGAGACCAUGGUCAAUUUUAGGGUGUACGCCAGAGCCAUAUCUACAGUUGCGAAGUCGUUUGAAGCCAAUGCCGUGGUUCCUGAUGUCGUGCCCAAAGCUCCUAGCGAUAGGAUUUCGCUUACAUAUCCUAGUGGUGUCGUAGCUCAACUGGGCAACGAACUUGCUCCUACCAAUGUGAAGGACCAACCUAACGUCUCCUAUGAAGCUGAUCCAAACUCGUAUUACACUCUUAUUUUUACUGAUCCUGACAACUACGACGGACCUGAGAAAGUGUACAGAGAAUGGCACCACUGGCUCGUCGUAAACAUUCCCGGAACUGAUGUGUCCAAAGGCGAAGUACUUUCUCCUUACAUCGGCUCCGGACCUCCGGAUGGCACUGGCAUUCAUCGCUACGUAUACAUUUUGUAUAAACAACCUGGCAAGCUCAGCUUCGAUGAGAAGAAGCUGACUAACAAAUCAAUCGACGGUCGCGCAGCUUUUUCUACUGCGAAAUUCGCAGAAAAAUACAACCUAGGAAAUCCUGUUGCUGGCAAUUUCUACCGCGCGCAAUUCGACGACUAUGUACCUCUUCUAUACAAGAGUUUGGGAGUU